UUCAAUGAAUGUGCGUGCGUUUUCAUCCGGGCAUCGUAGCGCUGGUGCGAGGCGCGAAAGCAACCCGAACUUCUUGAAAAUUUCGUCAGCGCAUCGUAGCCAAAGUUCUGCGCGAAAUCUCAGGGCAGCCAUGCUGUCAGCAUGCCAGUAGGCAGCCGGCGCACAGCUGGCGAAGGCCGCCAGUGGGCUGAGCCUGCAGCAGCAGCUGUGACGACGCAUGAAGCCCGCAAGGCGCAUCGGGCUAAUCUGGCCACAGUGGCAAGGUGCCGUGCAACCCCUGGCAUGCGUGGAUCAUCGGAGAACAGAGGAAACAAUGGUUCAUACAUGGCCAUGAGAAAGCUGGACAAGCCACGGUUUGCCAGUCCACUAAGAAAGAAAAACUCAAUGACGAAUGAAGAAAAAAGACUGUUAAAACGGCCGAGGGACUCUGGCAGCUUUGGUGGUUGCGACAAUGACACCAGCCUCAUCACCAGCGGCCGGUGCAUACAGCAGGCUCGGCAGAAGCCAGGGCGCCAGUGUUGCAAGAAGGCUCGCAUCUUUGUCACAGAUGACACCCCCAGUGAAGUGACAGAGCCGUCGGGUCCUGAGGAUGCACUCUUUUCACCUGUCUACCAACUUUUCAAUGAGGCAGCCACAGACGCGAAGCUGGGAUUCCAAAGUCUUGCAGUUGAUCCUUGCCCAAAUUCUGAUGAAGAAGAGCCACUGCCUGUGGAUGAGCUGCAGUCAUGUGACUUAGAUCAGCUGGUUGACCUCAAGUCUGAUGUAAGUGCCGAGUGCCCGUAUGUGGAGCAGGCAUCUGCAGUCUACAGUUCCGAGUGUGCAACGGCCGAAGAGGCCAAGGUUGCUGAAGACUGGGAUACCUUUGACCCCUAUUACUUCAUUAAGCAUCUGCCGCCAUUGACACCUGAAAUGCGUGCCCGCUGUCCUGCGUUGCCACUGAGGACACGAAGUAGCCCAGAGUUCUCGCUUGUGCUGGACUUGGAUGAAACCUUAGUGCACUGCAGUUUGGUAGAAUUGGAAGAUGCAACGUUUACCUUUCCAGUCACCUUCCAAGAUGUAGAAUACAAGGUGUAUGUUCGAACGCGCCCUUUCUUCCGCGAGUUCUUGGAGCGGGUGUCCAAAAUAUUUGAAGUCAUUCUCUUCACGGCCUCCAAGAAGGUCUAUGCGGACAAGCUUCUGAAUCUCCUGGAUCCUCAACGGAAGCUUAUCAGGUUCCGGCUGUUCAGGGAACAUUGUGUGUGUGUCAGUGGGAAUUACAUCAAGGACCUGACCAUUCUGGGCCGUGACCUUGCCAAGACUAUCAUCAUCGACAACUCACCGCAGGCAUUUGGCUACCAGCUGGAGAAUGGCAUUCCGAUUGAGUCAUGGUUCAUGGACAGGAAUGACAGGGAGCUCCUGAAGCUUCUGCCAUUUCUUGAGAGUUUGGUGUCAAUGAGGGAUGACGUGCGGCCCCACAUCUGCAACAAGUACCAUCUGGCAAGCUUCCUUCCCCCAGACUAAAGAAUGUAAAGCCACGAGACAUCGACACCACAACAGCCCACACCACUUGGAGGACAACCGGACAGGAAAGCAUCAUUUAGGAAGCAGUUCUCUGUACAUAAGUAGUCUGUGCCGCUGUUUUUCUUUUUCUUUCUUUCGGCACGACAACAGUUUAUUACAUCACUGCAUCUCAGUAUACAUACCGCUUCUAUGAAAAGUUUUGCCAUUGGAUGUUUGUUCGUAGCCCUGUCCUGAGAAAGAGCGGAGUGCUUGUGAUGUGUGCCUGCAAGAAUAGGCCUAGACUGUUUGCAUGAUGGGAAACAUGGCUGUGCUUUCUCCAAGCUGUGUUGUUCUACCUCUCAAAGGAGGUGUAGAUGGUCUUUGGCAUAGCAGAGACGUAACAGUGUAGAGACAUGCCACAGUACUGAAAGGCAUAUCUGAGAACAGUUGCUGCACUUGUGGUGACACCUUGCGAGACUGUGAUGAACUUUAUUGUGCUAGAAGCAUUCUUGCUUUGCUUGGCCCCCCACCUCAAGAAAGACUUCCUUCACAAUUUAAUACUUCAGUAGUGAAGGAGAGGAAUGAAAGUAUCUUCGUGAUGCUUUCAACACCUUUAUGCCAGCAGAUAAAUGUAAAAUAGCUCGGUUGGGCUAGUUGGUGCGUUUUUCAUUGCUGAGACAUAAUUAGGCAAAGGAAAAGGCCAAGGGCAAGAACAAAUAGGCAGGACAGUGCACUAACUUUAACCCACCCAGGGUUAAUUUUUUGUUAUUUAUUGCAGAUUGAAAAUUUGUAUACUUAUUUCGAGAAAUAACAAACUGUUAAUUUUUUAGAUGGCAGUAGGGAGUUCUAGAUUUUGCGCGCCCAAAGUAAGGGUAUGCAAAUCAUGGAGCACAAAAGAAUGCAAAACAGUGUACAAAACAAUGCAAGCAGAGCAUGGGACUUUGGGUACGCAGGCACUUGGAUGUGCCAUUUCUAAAGUUCUCCAGUAACACGACAAAGAAUUUUUGUAUGUGCGCAGUUUUUACAUGGGUUGUCGUUAAAUACAUGGACAAACUAGCACAAUUAAUUUUUGCAAAUGUAAUAAAAUUCACACAACUUAUUUUUGUGUUCUAAAUAGGCUUGACACAACUAGGGCCCCUAUUCUGAUAUGUUCCACUUCAUAUUCAAUUUUCAUCCGUCGUGCUGAGGUUGUGAUGCAGCAGCCUAUGAGCCACACCUGAACUAAUAGCAAGGAGUCGGAAGAAUGAAAAUGAAGUGGAUCAAUAAAGAAUACCACCUGAGAGACACGCGGCCAUAGUGAAAGCAAGGCAUACCGUGCCAGCGCCUGCAAAGAAACUCGGUGGUGCACACCCGUCAGAAAAAUAAAGCGAGUGAGAAACUUGCAGUAAUCAAUUUUUAGAUCGCUAGAUGAGAUUUCGUCAUUUCUUGUGCGUCUUGCAAAGGAGAGAUUCACAUUCGACAUUAUCGCAAGUUUGUGAAUGCCCUCCUAUAAACUAAAUAAUCGCACGCCUACGGGGGAGCCAUGUGGACGAGCAUCUCGUGCUAAAGCUUUGAGUAGUAAGAAACGCGAUAGAAAUUGGUGUUCCCAAUGCCUGUAACUCAGAACAACGCACACAGGCACGCCAAUUAAGAAUUGCGCAAGCAUGGGCAUGUGCAUGCGGAGGUAAGCUAGGCGUACUUCCAAACUACUGCAGUGGUUCUGGCAGAAUCAGUUUUGACGGAAGCAAAGGGGCUGCAGCAAAAUACGAAUUUUUUUCUAAAAGUCACGGAAGGUUUCAGCACCUCCAAGGCGACGUUAGGCGGUGCUUUGUUUUUAAAAAGCAUGUUAAUCUACGGUUGCUGCACUAGAUAUAGGGCCAUAACCGCUUGGGAGUUGUCACCGCCGCCUAUAUGUACGACGUUGACCCUCAAAGGGUAGACACCACUUUAGUUAAAGCUAGUGCUCUGUCCAGUCUGUUCCUUGUCUUUUACGUUUUCCCGCAUCAAAUUAUGCUUCAGCAUACUCGGCAGGACGUAGCCAAGUUCAAGAAGAGAGUGCUGCGCACUUUGACUGAACACAGUCUCACUUGAUGUUGCCAACAGCGUUGCUGCACACACCUAUGUCAUCCAGUACUUCGUUAUACGUCUCUGCUAUUAGGUCUUUAUGUGCCAGAACUUUCCUCUGAGAGUUGCAAGUAAUAUUUUACAUUAUUGUGUUAUAUCUCACAAGGUGAGGCUUUUUAUCUGCACUAUACUGUUGUUUUUAGCUGCAAGUAUUUUUGUUGGUUUCUGUGCAAUAGCUUUUGCUUAAGAAAUGACAUGUGAUGAAAGAAAUGUGCAGUAGAAAGGGAUGGAGAAGAAUUCUAUAUGAAAUUAAGAUUUCUCUCUCUAUUUUUUUUUUUAACUGAUGUGAUACAGAAAUUUUAACAGCUGCCUAACCUAACUACAGUGCAAACUUAUGUAUGUAAGAGUUUUAGGAUAUAUCGAAUUUUAAUUGCAUUUUGUUUUAUGACUGGUGUGGCAUGUGUCACUGCCCUGGGAGAUUAGGGCAGGGCAAAAUGCUGUGUUAAUAGCUUAUGGUGUUGGAAAAUAAUUUGUUGUAUUGUUUUUGUUUGUUUGUGUGCAAUGCAAUGCUUCAUCUGAGACGGCAAAGAUUUUAGACUGUUUUCAGAAUGUAUAAACCAUGAGCCCGGUUUUAUUGUUCAUUUGGGCAGAUUGCUUGUGACAGGCUUCACGUCACAUGUCUACUCUUUCUUGCAUUUGAUUUCACAAGCAGCUCAGUGGUACUGAGCCACGCAACAGAGAGAGAAAAAAAACAACUACUAUAGUUGUUGUGUAAGUUCAAGCCAGAAUCGCCAGAAGAAAAAACACAUGGGAGGAAGGAAAGAAAACUUUUUUACACCGCUGACCUUCUGUUUGUACAAUAACCCACGUACGUGAGCCAUCAGCAUGAAAAUGUCUCACGUUUACUUCUGAAUUCAUAACACCCAACGCUCACACACAAUCUGCAUUCUUUAGCCUUGCAUCAAUAGAUCUGGCAUCGGUGUGUGCUUGGUUUGUUUGGUAGUGGUGGAAAACUGCUAUAGCCUACAAGACUGGCCGGCCAUUUGCACUGAUGCUGCCACGAGGUGGGGGUAAACAAAGCUAUUAGCAUGGAAAACAACAAAGGUCAGUGGCUUGACGGGCAACUCUGACUCUUAAAGUCCAAAUUCACAGAGGAGGAUGGCUUUCCACUUUUUGCCAAAUGAGCUAGGCAAGUGCCAGUGCCAAAGAUUUGUUAGAAAGGGAAUCCUCACUCGCAGCAAAAGCUAUGUAUAAGAACCAGUUGAAACUUGUGCGGUUGGCGAGGAUGAACCAUAUAGAUCUAGGACAUGUAAAGACACAGCGCUGCAAAUAGACUGUACACCCUUGCAAUUUUUAAUAUUGCAUGGCUAUGAACUUCACGGCGUGUGAGCGGCCUUGUAGUGGGGAGGGGUGGCAGGAUCAGUAAAUUUAUACGUAGGCACACAAUGCGAUUUCCAUAUUUAAAUGUAUUCUGCUGUGCUGUUCGCUCCAGUAGUUUCCCUUGCCGCUACAAGGCUGCUGACAUGCUGUGCAGUCAGCCCUCGCGCGGUAGUAUUAAAAAUUGCAAGGGUGUACACAUGGUGAACAUGGAUGCUGUGUGUUUUCAAUUUGCACUUUAGUACAGUUUACUCAAUGUGGGAUUAAAGUGCUAACAAGUAGUACUUUCAAACUUUGCCCAAAUAAGCAUAAUGCCACGGACGUACAAGAAAAGCAGGGGAAAUUCUAAUAAAAGUGGAAAUGUCUGAAGAUACUAUAGUGAUCUGUUUGUGUGGCUGGCUUGGAACUUCAUAGGAGAAGGCCAACAGCAUCUAAUAUAUUGGCCACUGAUGAACAAAGCAUUCUUGUUCCACCCUUUAUUUCUUUAAAAAUGUAUUUGAGUUGACUCAUUCAACUUUAGUUUGCCGGUGGCUGUUUACAUUCACAGCUACCUGGAUUAGCAGAAGUGUUGUCCCAGCAGAAAGGGGGGCUUUCGUCAGUAACAUGAGUUUUGUUUCUUCUUUGGUAUACUGUUGGGAGCCCGUUGCCUGUUACGACUUUGUCAACACAAACACUUGCUAUUACUUAUUUUUUCUUUCUUUAUUUUGGUGAAGUGCAAUUUCUGCAAGUUGUCAAGAAGACAACUGUAAUGGCUAGCAAUUUGCUAAGAGUAUGUAAAAGGUGCUGCAAAGUGUGUAGUUAUGCUUGCGAGUGCAUUCGUGAUACGGAAAUAUAUACAUGGAAAAUUUAUAACGCUGAGUAACUUACGUGCCAAAAACUGAACGCUAAUGCAGACAGACUUUUCCCAGUGAACCUGGAAAACCUGACCUGCUGUACCUGCUGCAAAAAUAUAUUAGUAUGUGCAAAAAAGAAAGUGUGAAUGUUUUAUGGUUUUUAAUGUAUACUGUGAAAAGACUAGCAGAAAGUUUUUAUUAUGUUAGUUAUUAUUUCAAUGCUUGAAUCACAUAUCAUUAUUUCUCAUCAUGCGGACAUGCAUAUUGAUCAUAUUUGCUGUCCCCAAAAUCAGUUUGUAAGAAUUGCAUCUUACAGUGGGUGCCCUUGCCAGAGAAUUUGUGUGGUAAUGAGUAACUGUAUACUUCUGUGAGGAUUUCGUUUUAUGUCUUAUUUACAGAAAAGCAAAGGAAAGAUAUUUCGACAUGUUGUAGACUGUUGAUAAAAGUGCAAUCUCUAAUUCAAAUGACGAGAUAAGAUGAAAGUCCCGAAGAGAAAAAUUGGGGGGGGGGAUUUGUUUAAAGUAAUGAUUCUAGGUUCAGUGUUGAAAAGAAACAUGCGGAGUAAGUGAAAGAAAAAGUAAAUCCGCUAUAGGCAAUAUCCACGAGCUAGUUUCCUCACGUGGUCUGAACAUGACCACUGAGGAGUGUGCUGCACUUGGGAAAGCAAAUGAGUCUCUGCAUAUGUGCUCCUUGCUUCAUGCACACUUUGAGUGGAGGUGCUGCCAUUCAAGUAGCGGUGUUCGAGUUGUGUAAAGAGGAGCCUUCUUGUGCAAGCAGUUUGCAUGUUGUGGGACCGAAGAGGGAUGGCAUUGCUUGUUUGUAUACGUAAGCUGAAGCGGUAGCACUAUGCUGUAGCUCUGUGCUGUGUGGGUAUGCUUGGCAAUACGAGAUCACAUGUGGUGUGAUUCAGUCACGUGUUUAUCUAUAAAUGCCUUCACAUAUUACUGCUGUGAUGAGUUUCCCAUGGAACAUGCAGUGGAGUAAAUGCGCCUACGCCGUGCUUGGCUCUUGGAGAAAACGAAUGUUGUGAAAGUAUUGUACCAGAGAGCAUCAAGGGGUUGGCAUCCAAGUGGUUCACAUUACAAUCUGGCUCGAAAGAAUGGAAUAAGUUUUGGGAGCCUACAUUACUGCUAUCGGCUGCAGUUAUGCUUUCGUCAGCAGAUUUUAUCUUUCGCACAUUUUGAAAAAAGAAUAAGGUCAAGAUGUCUCGCAUGCAGUUCGCAGUGACCGAUAACACUGAAUCCACACAUCUGUAUUCUUGUGGAAAACUGAAAUUUAUAUCGAAUCGAUAUUAUGACUCGUAAGAGUAAAAGGAAAUUAUGAAAAAAACAUCAAAUUCGCAAAGAUUGUUUUUGAUAUAUGCGAGCCUUGUUGCCCAAAAGAUUUUCUGCAUUCUAGUGUCUCCGACAACACAGGAUGCAGACCCUGGGCUCCAAAACUGCUGCAUCUAGUGCAAGUUGUGGCUUACUGCAGUCACCUUGGAAAGUCAUAGUAUGGCUCAUCAUAACUUGUUCGAAACUUUCAGCCAGUGUUUGAGUAUGUACUAAAACAGGGUUGGCUGGCUUGGUGAAUGCCUGGCUGAAUGGCUGGCUGCUGACUUGGGUAGUUGUGUGCCGAAGUGGAAGAAGAGUGGCCAGAUUAGUUUAACCUGUGCUAUAUCAUUGCAUGUUAUCAUACCAUGCCAGCUGUAAAAACUAUGCUUUUAGACGUUCCGAAGAGAAGGCUUGUCUCUAGAUUGUUGUUUGUUAGAUAUGGCACAUUGUUAACGAGCGUAGCUGUUGUCUGUGUGCUCCUGUUGGUUCUUUGGAAAGUUUAAAAUAGCUCUUGGUGAAACGGGGAUGCCAGGGAAUGUAAAAAAAAAAACAAAAAAAUUAACAAAAAGGGAAACUGGAGAUAAUGAAUGCUUACGAGUGCCAUUAAGCUAUAUGUGUAAAUGUGUGCACUUAUCAGAGGAUCUCACUAUCAUUUCUGUACACUGUGUGCUGUCCAGUGUGUGGCGUAUACAAGGAAAGCCUCAGGCAGGGUUGAGUGUGUCGCUUCUAAAUGUUGUGAAACUUGCUGCUUGUGUUUUCUUGUUAUUGUUUUUGAGAGAGCGGGCACAACGCAAUGGACGAUGUGCUGUUCUGAAAGCGUGUAUGCAAAGAAAAAAGGCAUCUAUGGAAAUUAGCAUUUGUCGGGCUGACCAUUGUGGCAUUUGUCCCAUACACUAAACCCCCAAAAGGCUCGAAGGACAUUGGCUUGCAUGCACUUCUAGUUUGUGCUGUUUGUGUUAAGCUUUUGAAUUAAGUAGAAAAAAAAAUACAGUCCGUUCUACAGCAGAGCUUAGAGGCUGAAAUUGAGACUGCUAGUGUUUAUGUCUGCCAAAUUUUCUGUCUUUUUGUCUUUUGUACUGUUUUCCUGCAUCUCUGUCUAAAAUGUUAAAAGUAGUACUUCAACAGCUUGUAUCUGACGGAGAUUCAUCAAAUUGGAAUAAUUGUCAUAACCUGCCUUUGGUUGCGUCCAAUUUUACUUUGCUGGCUUGUCACUUUAGUCAAUAUUUCAAAGAAAAUCCCAAAAAGGGGCACUUUCUACCCUCUAGUUGUGCCCAGUGUGUGCUUUUCUCAAGGCAUCUUGCUUCUAAAGUUUCUGCACUCAAUACCUCAGCAACGGCACCCGCCUCGCCCAUGUCCCACUUUUACUCUGGAUGUCUCCUUUUCCUUGGCUUUUGUGGGAGCACUUUCACACGCAUAGAAGUGCCACAGCCAGAUGGAUAAUCUAUCAUCCUAGCAUAGUUUGACUACUAUCAUCUAGAUGUCAUUAUAGCUAUACUUCGCAUUUUAUACUCUGGGCAGGGGUGAAAGAAGAAAAAAAAAAAAAAGAAGGGGGCCAGUGGUCUAGACGUGUACAUUACCUGCCAUGUCGAGUGUGGAAAGCAGCAAGCAGCGCAGGGGUACCAGAGACCGCACCAGGCUGUUUGAGUUGUUCUGUUGCUAACGGAAAUUUUUGCGAUAGUGCCUGACCUCUGUACUCUAGCUGGCAAAACCAGACAGCGUUGCAGUGUUUCGCAUGCCUUCCUUUGUGAUUUGGCAAGUGCAAGUUGUGGUGCGAAAAACACUUUGAAGGAGAAACUCCUUCAUUGCUUGCCUGUUUAUCAUGUGACUAAAGAAGGUCACUUCAGGGUAUGCAUAUGAGGGAAGAAAAUUGGUAAAGGUGCCAUCUAGUGGCAUAUAGUGCAAGCUUGACUAGUUUCCAUGGCGACUGUGGUUGCAGAAUGGCAGCAGGUCUGUUGCGUUCGCCUGCUAAUGUACUAUGCCAGCACAGGUGAAUGGCUGUGUCACCGGCAGCCUUUGUGAUGCUACCUGGCUAAGCUGGAGUUUCUACUCCCAAAUGUUGCUGGCUCCACAAGUUUUGGUUGUAGGGGAAAUGCUUCUGCAAAUGUGUUGUCAAGGGCCGAAAGCCAAGUAACUGUUGGUUCGCUUGCAUAAAAGUUUUAUGCUGAAAGAAUGCCCCUAGAAAAUGUAAGGGAUGCACAUUAAAAUAUCAAUUGAGAAAACUGUGAAGGAAAUGAUAGAGAGAUGGAUGCUCCCACAAUGGACAUUUGAGGAUGCAAGAGUAACUUGUACAGAUGUAGCCAGAGUCCAAAUGAAGCUGUGCAUCCAGUCGGCCACAGAAACGGUGCACAAGUACAGGACGCAUUGUGUCGAUUGAGAACAACAUGCCUUCAUUGCUUUUCUACUCCCAUCGUUUUGAACUGCAGUUACCAUGUGGAAGUGCCGCGUAAUUUGGAGCCAAUCUUCCUCACAUGCGAAAAAUUCCAAGUUUUACUCUAUAAUGCACACUCACUCUGUAUGCCAAGCUGAAGGGGCGGCAUGCACGUUCGGGUUGAGUACGACGAGAACUGCCUGCAUUUCUUUGAUGCAGCCCUGGACAUUAGUAUUUUGUACAGUACGCUGAAGAAGUCUUACCUCUUCGAUACUAGAAUUUUUAUGCAAGUUUCUCAUCAGAUGCAUCCAGACAAUAGUAGUGCUCUUGUGUAGUUCAGAAAAAUAUGUUCAGUAAUGGCAACACUUUGGGUUGCACUGUUGGUGUGUGCUUCUCUCGGCUUCAAGCUGCAGUUUUUUUACAGUCAUGCAGAACUCGUGGAAGUCAAAAUCUCCAAAAUUUGUGCCACAUGUAAUGCGACUGAAGAAGCCAAACGUUGCGCUCCGAGCCUGCUGCUCCACUAGCUUGAACAUCUCGGAUUAAGAGCACUAUUGUGCUACGUCUUGUGCUGGCGGUGCUUUGCCCACAAAAAACGUUUGCGCUUCAAGCAAGUGAACCGGUUUUAAGAACGUUUUCAGCACCUUCAAAACUGCAGUAGCUGUAUUCUUCCCAAUUUUCUUAAACUGGUUUGUACCAUACCAAUUACAAGAGAACAGUACAUGUACAGGCAUUACUAGAACUGCUUGUUACUUGCUAUCGUAGAGCUUCAUGCUAGAACUACUGGAGGGAAGCCCCUUGCUAGUGUUGACAAACAAAUAUGGCUGUUUGACCAUGAUGGAAACUACAGGAUGUUAGAACUGUCUUGCAUCCAUGUGGCCUUCUUGCAAUUAUUUUAAAACAAUUUGUCUUUGCUGACUUGUGCAAAUUAUAUUGCUUUAGUUCAACCUACACCUAGCCGUUUCUCGUGCUUCGAAUGUAACCCAAACACUUUAGUCACAAACUGUCUGUCAAACCCGAGGAGCAUGUGUACAAACGACCGCUUUCAUUCAUGCACCCAGAAUUCUGCAGCACACCGAAUUAGUUCCAACUUUUGUUGUUGCUGUAAGGUAUUGCUGGGUUGUGAACUAAGUCACUAUCAGUAAUAAAAGAAGCGUAACCAAAUCGGCUCAUGAGAUUAAAGUUGAUCAUUCCAUUAGUAGUUAAAUUGUUGGAACUCGACACUGCCCUCCGGUAAAGUUUACGUUAAAUCUCCAACCACUAAUUGUAUGCCCGUCUAAAUCUACACAUGACUCGGGCAUAUUUUAAGCAGAAGCAUUGUCUGUGCAUACCUAAAAAAUUAAAAUUUGGGACAAUUUUUAAGCAAAUAGUUCUUGUCAUGCAUUGUUACCCUUCCCACUUUACUUGUAACUGCUGGCGAGUACUGCUGUCGCGAUUUGCUUAAAUGGAAUCAGCUGUGUACAUUUCUAUGCCCCUGCUGCUGUUUUCGUGCAAUUAAACAUAUAAUUGCGCAUUUAUUAUACUGUCUUUCAUUGAGUCAACCAAAUAAACAAACAGUCUACAGUUG